AUGGAGGUAAAAGAGGAUCGCCUGGCCCGGUAUAGUGAUCUGGUCCGAGCGCUUCUAAGGGAAUUAGAAGAGUUUCGUCUGACUAGGAUACCCCGGUCGGAAAACGCUGAUGCAGACAUGCUUUCAAAAUUGACGCAAGCUUGCCCAGAGCAUGUGUCAAAAUUGGCGAAAAUUGAGAUACUGGACGUACCGAGUACAGACCGGUUUGAAGUCGCGGCCAUCCAACCGGGCCAGACUUCAGCCACCGGGAUAAUUGGAGCAGACGAUGACUGGAGAUACGAACUCAUGGUGUAUUUGGAGACCGGUCAGAAGCCUGAUGACGAGGAACGAGCCAGGAAGGUGGUCCUACGGGCUCCACGUUUCCAG